AAGAACAAGGUUCUGCCACUUGGCACCCCCACAUUCAACCAAUACACAUGUCAAAAUUCUAGCCAGUCCACAUCAUCCUAUCCUAGGUGUAAUUUUGUGAGAUUUUUCAAUUUUUGUGUAUUAUUAAUUCUUUCAAAUAUGCUGAAAUUUGGGCGGCCAGAUUAUGUGGAUUCAAUUUUUGAAUUUGAAUUCCAUUUACUCAUCCCAAGAAACUCAUUACCCUGUCCUCUCACUAUCAACUUUUGGAUUCAUUAUUUCCCUGCACCUUAUUUCCUUUUUCCUUUCAGCCAAGAAACCCUAAAUUUGUUUUUAUUCGUUUACAUAUUCAAGUUCAACAACGCAUCACCAUUCCAUCUCUCCUUCUUUCCAGUAUUCUCCUCUCAUUUCCUUUCCGAGUCAAGUUUGUUUUGUUUAUCAGCGAUGGUGUUUUAUCGGAGCGUUUCGCUUCUUUCGAAGCUAAGAAAUCGUGUUCGGAAGACGGUGGACCAGUGGGCUUCUUCAAGAUUGGCUCAUACAAUGGAGAUAGUAUGAUUUUGGUCCUGG